AUGCGCCAUUCCCCUUUUUGUCCUGAAAUUCAUGGCAGCUCAGGCCUCGAUUCUCAGCACGGUGGCCAUCUGUUUGGAAACAGUUCUCCAUCCAGAGCACCUGUCCAGGGCAAAGCAGUGAAUGUUAUCUUUAGUAGAUUGGCAGGUGAAUUCAUGCGUUCUGGUAGACGUAGAACGCGAUUAGUGUGCACAGCCCCAUUGACGAAUUGUGCGGUCUUGUUAUUGGUCUACCCUGAAGUGCGAGAAAUGAUCGAGAUUGUCACCAUGGGGGGCUGCUUGGGAAUUGGCAACACUGGCCCAGUGAUGGAAUUCAACAUUCAAUCGGAUCCUGAAGCUGCCAAGAUCGUAUUCCAGAGCGGAGUGCCACUCACAAUGGUGCCAUUGGAGGUGACCCAUACUGCACUUGUGACGGAUAUGGUGUUGAAGCGCAUUGUGACAGACAAACCCAGUCCAUUCCGACGAAUGUUGGGGGACCUUGUGACGUUCUUUGCACAAACUUACAAGCAGGUGUUUCAAUUUGAUCACCCACCACUCCAUGACCCCUGUGCAGUGGCUGCUGUUAUUGACCCUGGCAUCUUUCAGGUCAAGGUCAUGCAUGUGGACAUCGAGACAUGCUCACUUUUAUCCCCUGGGCAAACGGUGUGUGAUAUUUGGGGCCAGUCUGGAAAGCCUGCCAAUUGCGGAGUGGCAAUGACGAUGGAUGUUGCAAAAUUCUGGAAUCUAGUGCUUGACGGAGUAGCUGCAGCAGACAGAGUCUCACCUCUUAAUGAGGGCAACUAA